CCGGGAUUAGAAACGGUUGAUAUUCUUCCGAGAUUUUGAGGAAGAACUUCCUCCUUGCCGUCACAUGUAACCCACCUAACGUGGUAUUAACACGCCAUCUCAAAUCCAUAUAUUUUUAUAUGUUUACUACCCAGCCUUAAAAAUGUUACUUGCAGCUUUACCGAGUAGGGUCAAGCUCAUUUCAGGACGUUCGUUGGCGUUUACCGCCGCUCGGAUGUAUUCCGCUGGUCCUACCGUCGCCAACCCGGUCGUCUACUUUGACAUUGCCGCUGACAACCAGCCCGUCGGAAGAGUAACAUUCGAGCUGAAUGCAGAUGUUGUGCCCAAAACAGCAGCUGGAAAACAGUGGCGCAGCGGUCUAAGGCACUGCAUUUCAGUGCAAGAGGUGUCACUACAGUCCCUGGUUCGAAACCAGGUUGUAUCACAACCGGGCCAUGAUUGGGAGUCCCAUAUGGCGGCGCACAAUUGGACCAGCGUCGACCGGGAGAACUUCAGAGCACUGUGCACAGGAGAACAUGGUUUUGGCUACAAGGGAUCCAUCUUCCACAGGAUCAUCCCUCAGUUCAUGUGCCAGGGGGGAGACUUCACUAAUCACAAUGGAACCGGUGGGAAAUCUAUCUAUGGACCCAAAUUCAAAGACGAGAACUUCCAACUGAAGCACACAGGACCUGGCAUUCUGUCAAUGGCCAACGCUGGGCCCAACACCAACGGCUCUCAGUUCUUCAUCUGCACCGACAAGACAGAAUGGCUGGAUGGAAAACAUGUUGUGUUUGGCAGCGUGACCCAGGGAUUGGAUGUGAUCAGGAAAGUGGAGAUGUUCGGAUCUCGGUCGGGGCGUACCUCCAAGACUAUCACCAUCACAGACUGUGGAGAGGUUAAGUAGUCUGGAAGUCCCAAAUUGUACCCUAUUCCCUAUAUAGUGCACGACAUUGAGGAUAUGAGACACGACCACGGAGCGGGCAUGAUGGUUUCUAAUAGCCUGGUGUGAUUAUUAUUAUUUUAUUUUUAAUUUGUAUUAUUGUUGGACAUAAAAGAUUUUAAAAACACGAGGAAAUGAGUUCCAAGUGAUUUUAAUUUUAGAAAUCUGUUUCCAGGUGUUUCCAGGUAUAAUAGAGAUGUGAUUGUAUACAGAUGUAAGCAAGGUUUGAAGUAAUAAGAUUUAGGUCUUCCUCCUUUUUAUUAAACAGUGUGUUUAGUUUAGUGUGCUUUUUCUAUGUUGUCUUUCUCUCCGUCUUCCAUUCCACCACGGAUCUUGUUAAGUUAGGAAGAGCCAUUUUUGGUUUUUGUUUUGGUCUGUGUUUGACUAAUACAAGUGGGAUGAGAAGAUUCAUUUUCUUAUCGGGCUAUGUCUGAAUGGAAUUAUAUAUAUUUUUUUUGUUACUUUUGGAGUAGAAAGACUCUUUUUUUUUAACAUGAUGUGGUCAAAUUGUUCACGUAGAACAGAAUCUAGGUUACUAUGGCGACAGAUUUUUCAUGUGAAUAUUCUAAAAUCUGUGCAAUUAAAAAAAAUGUAUAUAAAAGA